UCCGCCGCCGCCGCCAGCGCUGAGGAGAAGCAGGCCGCCACCGCCGCCAUCAUCACCGUCGUCGCCAUGGGCUCCGAGAAGGACUCCGAGUCUCCGCGAUCCCCGUCGUUCUCCGGGCCGGCCCCCAAGUGCGGCGGGGGCGGGCGGCGGCGGCGCCUGUCUUUCCAGAGCGUCUUCUCCGCCUCAGCCCGAGCCCGCCGGGCCCGCGCCAAGCCCCAGGCCGAGCCAACGCCGCCGCCAACGGCCGCCGCCGCCGCCCCAUCUCCUCCCCCUCCCCCUCCCCCUCCGCCUCCCCCUCCUCCAUCCCCUCCGCCCGCUCCGGUGGGCGAGGAGGCGUCGUCGUCGUCGUCGUCGUCGGAGGGCCCGGCCCCGGCCCCGGCCCCUGAGGAGGAGGAGGUGGAGUGCCCCUUGUGCCUGGUGCGGCUGCCCCCGGAGCGGGCCCCGCGGCUGCUGAGCUGCCCGCACCGCUCGUGCCGCGACUGCCUCCGCCACUACCUGCGCCUGGAGAUCAGCGAGAGCCGCGUGCCCAUCAGCUGCCCCGAGUGCAGCGAAAGGCUCAACCCCCACGACAUCCGCCUGCUGCUCGGCGACCCGCCGCUCAUGCACAAGUACGAGGAGUUCAUGCUCCGGCGCUACCUGGCCUCCGACCCCGACUGCCGCUGGUGCCCGGCCCCGGACUGCGGUUAUGCUGUUAUUGCCUACGGCUGUGCCAGCUGCCCAAAGCUGACCUGUGAGAGGGAAGGCUGUCAGACGGAGUUCUGUUACCACUGCAAGCAAAUAUGGCACCCAAACCAAACGUGCGACAUGGCCCGUCAACAGAGGGCCCAAUCUCUCCGCGUUCGGACCAAGCAUACCUCAGGCCUCAGUUAUGGACAGGAAUCUGGACCAGCAGAUGACAUCAAGCCCUGCCCCCGGUGCAGUGCUUAUAUCAUCAAGAUGAACGAUGGGAGCUGUAACCACAUGACCUGCGCCGUGUGCGGCUGCGAAUUCUGUUGGCUGUGUAUGAAAGAGAUCUCCGACCUGCAUUACCUCAGUCCCUCUGGCUGCACCUUCUGGGGCAAAAAGCCAUGGAGCCGAAAGAAGAAGAUCCUCUGGCAGCUGGGCACGUUGAUCGGCGCUCCAGUAGGCAUUUCCCUCAUUGCUGGCAUCGCCAUCCCUGCCAUGGUCAUUGGCAUCCCCGUUUAUGUGGGCAGGAAGAUCCACAGUAGAUAUGAGGGAAAGAAAACCUCCAAACACAAGAGGAAUUUAGCCAUCACUGGCGGGGUGACCUUGUCGGUCAUUGCGUCCCCAGUCAUUGCUGCUGUCAGUGUCGGUAUUGGUGUCCCUAUCAUGCUGGCAUAUGUCUAUGGGGUUGUGCCCAUUUCUCUCUGUCGUGGAGGGGGCUGUGGCGUUAGCACUGCCAAUGGAAAGGGAGUGAAAAUCGAGUUUGAUGAGGAUGAUGGACCAAUCACAGUGGCAGAUGCCUGGCGAGCCCUGAAGAACCCAAGCAUCGGGGAGAGCAGCAUCGAGGGGCUGACCAGCGUGCUGAGCACCAGCGGGAGCCCCACCGACGGGCUCAGCGUCAUGCAGGGCAACUACAGCGAGACGGCCAGCUUCGUGGCCCUCUCCGGGGGCACGCUGAGUGGCGGGGUCCUGUCGGGCGGAAAAGGGAAGUAUAGCAGGUUAGAAGUUCACGCCGACGUUCAGAAGGAGGUGUUCCCCAAAGACACGGCCAGCCUUGGCGCAAUCAGUGACAACGCGAGCACUCGUGCUAUGGCCGGUUCCAUAAUCAGUUCCUACAACCCGCAGGACAGAGAGUGCACCAAUAUGGAGAUCCAAGUGGACAUUGAAGCCAAGCCAAGUCACUACCAGCUAGUUAGCGGGAGUAGCACCGAGGACUCUCUGCACGUUCAGGCCCAGAUGGCAGAGAACGAAGAGGAGGAGGAGGAGGAGGAGGCGGCGGCGGCGGCCGGGGAGGGCCCCCCGGCCUGCAAACACCAAAGCUGUGACCGAAAGGACUGUGUCGGCAGCAAGACGUGGGACAUCACCUUGGCCCAGCCCGAGAGCAUCCGCAGCGACCUGGAAAGCUCCGACACCCAGUCGGACGACGUGCCCGACCUCACCUCCGACGAAUGCGGCUCCCCCCGCUCUCAGACUGCAGCCCACCCCCUCAGUCCAAAGGCCAGAGGGGCCGAGAGCCCGAGGGCCCAAGGUGCCCAGGCAGAAGGGCUCAAGGCAGAGGAGAGCCAAGGCAGACUAUGAAGUGGAACUCCACCGUUCCGAGAAGCACACUUAUCGUAAUUGCAUCUUUCGGACACUUUUUCUCCUGUCCCUACCCCCAGCUACGGUUCAUACUAUUUUAUUUCAAAUAUCCUGUGGUCACAAGCUCCGCCCGGUGUGAAUCUGAGAAAGAUGCUAUUGCCGAUGAGAUCACACAUGAAAAUUUUAUCCCUCUCCUCUGCCCCCUCCCCCUCUUCCCCCUCCCCGGUCUCCCCCUCAGCCCCCCCUUUUUUUAAUUUAUUGGUUAACUGCUGGUGGUGAUCCGUGAAGGUGUGUAAGAGUGUACAUAUGUAUGUGUGUGUAUCGUACGUAUGCAAACAUAUUACCGAAGGACACAUUUUAAUAAAGAUUUCUGUCGUA